AUGGAGGAGGACAAACCUUGGGCCUUGGUGUCAGAGGUCGGGGGGGAAUACGGCUACCUUGAGGAGCUAGUGGACAUCAUAAGACAACACUUUCAAAUAAUAUGUUACAAGGAUUUCCUGGAGAACCCUGCGGCUCAUGCGUCCAAAAUCCAAGUUGUCUUUUGUUGGAAGUACUUCCCAGCUGCCGAGCCAUCGUUGCUUCGGUCACUCCCUUCUCUCAAAGUCUUCGUCAGCGGCGGAGUCGGCAUCGACCACUUGGAUGUGUCAUUCAUCCACAGCCUUGGGGUGAAGGUGUCCAACACGCCCGGUGUUGUCAGCGAUGCCACGGCCGACAUGGCCAUGUCCCUGCUCCUGGCGUCGGCUCGGCAGGUCCUGGAAGGUCACCAGAUUUCCGUGGACCCUACGACCACCAAGAUGCCCCAAAGCAUGAUGGGAGCUGAAGUCACAGGAUCGACUAUCGGAAUCAUUGGAAUGGGCGAUGUUGGUUACAAAAUUGCCCAAAGAUGUAAAGGAUUUGAAAUGAAGGUCCUGUAUCACAACAGAACAAGGAGGAGUCCUGAAUGCGAGCAGGCGGUUGGAGCCACUUUCUGCCCCCAACUGACUGAUCUGAUGCGAUUCUCCGACUUUGUCAUGAUAGCUGUCAAGUUGACCCCUGACACAAUUGGCCUCAUUGGCCAGCGAGAGCUGUCCGUCAUGAAGCCCACAGCCACACUGGUCAAUGUAAGCAGAGGUCAAGUUGUUGACCAGGAAGCUCUCGUGGAAGCUCUUCAGUCAGGGACAAUACGUGCAGCUGCAUUAGACGUGACACAUCCCGAGCCGUUGCCAAGGGAACAUCCUCUGCUCUGUCUGCCUAAUGUGCUGAUCACGCCACACAUCGGCAUCAACACCGUCAACACGUCGAGGAAGAUUGUGGAGAAAAUGGUGGAAAAUGCUCUGGCUGCAGUUAAGGGAUUAGAUAUUCCAAAUGAGGUUAAGCUAAUGUGA